GGAGAGAGAGAGAGAGCAACAGCAACACUCAUCUUAUAAUCAUUUGGAGGAUAAUAAAAUUUCAAUUUCGCGUGUCUUCGUUUACAUUGGAUUCAAUUCUUUGAGGUACGAUUACGACAUGAAUGAAUGAUCACACAUUCACACUUCCCUCUUCAAUUGAAGCUCAGGUUUGUUGCUGGAGAAAAUGUCACAUUCUUAAAGAUUCAGAAUAUCAGAAGUAUAAUAUAUAGCUGAGACUUCUGUAACAAGAAAUAAGAAUGCCAGGCAUUCCUGUUGCGGCUCGUGCAACCUCAAGCCAUCCUGAUGCUUGCGAACAUUUAUCUGCGGAAGAAGAGCUUGCAGCAGAAGAGAGUCUUUCAAUUUAUUGCAAGCCUGUAGAGCUCUACAACAUUCUUCAACGACGUGCUAUAAGAAAUCCAUUAUUCCUUCAGAGAUGUUUGCACUACAGGAUAAAGGCAAAGCACAAGAAGAGAAUACAAAUGACAGUUUCUCUUACAAGGACAAUUACUGAAAGCCAGAAUGUGUUUCCAAUGUAUAUCUGUCUUGCAAGGCGUGUUGCUGAUGUUGGAGCUUCAGAGCAUUCUGCUGUGUAUCGAAUUGGUCGGAUUUUCAUCUUUCGAAAUUCCCCUGGAAUUGAUUUGAAUACUCAAGUCCAAGCAAAUUUUACACUCCCUGAAGUCAAUAAGUUAGCUGAGGAAGCUAGAUCUUGUUCACUUGAUAUCUUGUUUGUCAGCACUGCCACUGUGGAAAACUCAAAUUUAUCAUCUGGAGUCAACGCAAACUCGAUGCCUUCAGAUCUGAGUCAUCUUUCUUCUUUUGAAUCUAGAGAAUACUGCCUUUGCGGGAAAGUAUCUUUAGAAUCACUUUAUAUGGCUUGGGAUUGUUUCCCGAAUUUUCGUUUGGGACAGCGUGCUGAGAUUAUGUCAACUGUGGAUUUGCUUCCAUGUAUUCUGAAGUCCGAUUUUCACAAUGAGGAUACAAGAGUCUCCAUUCAAGUUCCCUGUAAUUUAGAUAAUGUGAAAACAACAUCAAAGCAAGUACAAAUCACAAUUUCUGCAGAAGAGUUUGGGGCCAAAGAAAAAUUUCCCUACCUUUCAUAUGCACGCAGUGAAGUACCUUCCUCAUCAUUAUCUCAUAUCAUUAGGAUGAGGGAAGGAAAUGUCAUGUUUAAUUACAGGUAUUACAAUAAUAAGUUGCAGAGAACAGAAGUCACUGAAGAUUUCACCUGUCCGUUCUGUUUGGUUAAAUGUGCUUGUUUUAAGGGUCUAAGAUAUCACUUAUCCUCGUCACAUGAUCUCUUCAACUUUGAAUUUUGGGUAUCAGAUGAAUGUCAGGCUGUAAAUGUGUCUGUGAAAAAUGAUAUCUGGAGAUCUGAGAUUGUUGCAGAUGGUGUGGAUCCAAGAGAACAAACAUUUUUCUUUUGUGCUAAGCCCCUUAGACGUAGAACACAAAAGAACCUAUCUUUGAAAAAUGCAAAGGAUGUACAACCAAUGGUCUUAGACUCUGACUUUCUUGCAGGAGACACUGAUAUGCUGGAGAAGGAUGAUGGGAUUUCUACCUCAAUUAUUCGAUCACACCCUGACCCUGACUCUGUCCAAUCAAUAUCUGACUGUGAUCAUGGGACCUCAACAAUGCUUCAGUUUGCAAAGACAAGAAAGCUGUCAAUUGAGCGUUCUGACUCACGAAAUGCUCUCUUGAGGAAGCGACAAUUUUUUCAUUCUCACAAAGCCCAGCCAAUGUCAAUUGAACAUGUUCUAUCAGACAAAGAUAGCGAGGAUGAAGUUGAUGAUGAUGUUGCUGAUUUUGAAGAUCGAAGGAUGCUAGAGAAUUUUGUUGACGUGAGCAAAAGAGAGAAGAAAUUCAUGCAUAUGUGGAAUUCAUUUGUUCGGAAGCAUCGUGUAAUUGCAGAUGGUCACAUUCCUUGGGCAUGUGAGGCUUUCUCCAAAUUGCAUGCUGCUGAGUUUGUUCAAUCCUGCUCACUGGCUGGGUGUUGGAGAAUAUUUAUGCUCAAAUUAUUCAAUCAUGGUCUUCUAGAUGCUCGGACCAUGAAUGAAUGUAAUAUUAUUCUUGAAAAAUACCAUAGGCAGAAUUCAGAUCCCAAAACCUAAAGGAAACUCAUUUUUGGCUCUAAAUUGAAGAAAAUGAUGGCAAAUAGUAAGGGCCUUUUUUUGGUCUUUUUUCUACCCAUUAAGAGGUACGAAUUGUAGUCAAUGUCUUCUGGGGUUUCAAUAUUGAGUUCUUCUACUCAGAGGUACUGUGAUGCUCGUUACCAUAAACUUGUCAAGGGAUAAAAUUUCAUCCCUCGGACAUAGAACUGGGGAAAAUUUUAAGUAAUUUUAUAUUGAAUUGCAUUUAC